AUGAACAACGACCGUCGUCGCGAGGUGCGCCAUGCACGCCGGUUGCGGCGUCACCAGCGUGGCGGGGCCGACAGCAAUGAUAGCCACGGGGUGCGCUCCCGCUCUGCAGCUGCUAGCGCCCACACUAUUCCGCCACCACUCGGCGCCACACCGGGUGUGGUGAUGGGCACAGGCGCAGCGGGAUCUACAGCUAGCGGCCGCCGCACCACAGCUGUCACGAUCCACGACGAGGCGCAGCGCCUUUCCGAGCGCAUGCAGCAACAGCAGCAAGUAAAGAGCCGCGCGGAUCAGAUGCUGACGCAGCGCGAGACACUCAUCCGAGAGCGGUACGCGCCAAACUCGAUCACUGCCACAGCGCAUGACCAGACGCAGCAGCAAGUCUCUGCCUACACCUUUGACAAGGAUGACUUGCUGACCGGCCUAAUCGGCGAUAACAAGGCGAACUUCCUCAAGCUGGAUCACGACCUGACGGAGGACCACGCGAUCGCCACCCAUAGGCUACACGCCUCUGUCUUUGCGCACGCGAACAGCUUCCUCCUCUUGUUCCGCGACGUCGACCGUGCCAGUGACCUCGUUGAGGCUCUCAAGGCCAACGUGCAGGGCACCAAGGCCGCAAUCUCUGCUAUCAGCAAGUACUCCUCCGCCAACAUCGUGGUUGAUGGAGAGACGUCUUCGACUGGCAAGCUGGCUGGCUUUGCCACUGCCCGCGUGCGCGGUGGUGAUGCCGGGAAUAGCAGCGUGUUCAGCACAGUGCUCGGCCGAACUGCUAGCGAUGGCGAUCCACGACGGUUUGCACGACCGAGUCUCGUUUCUCGCCGUGUUACACAGCGCUACGCCUCGGAAGGCAGCAGCGAUAUGACAUGGCUGAACGACGCCGUCGUCGACCUCGGCUGGGGCACCGGAGGCGCUGCGAGUACCGACUCAUCGGCCGCCGCCAGGUCCAGCCACGCCACAACGUGUGCUUCGACGAUGCAUCGCAGCGGUCUGGCAGAUGAAGAGGAAGCGACGACAGGCGGUUGCGCGGAUGCCAUGACGACGAACACCGGCGCCUCUUACCCGACGACGCGCGGGUUGAAUGUCUCCUCGGUGCGGCAAUGGCGACACGUGAUCGGCAUGAGGGCCAACCUCACCACUAGGGACAGUACCGGUGACCGCGAUGCUGCCGAGGGAGGAUCUGCAGCGUCAGGGCGGCCUUUGCGCAGUGAGGUGAAGGACAAUUCCCGCUCGUCGGCAGGGCCCACCGCCGCUGCCAGGUCGGAGAAGGAGGCCAUCGACACCGCCGCCUUCGUGGGCAUCCUGCGCGAGGAGGCGAAUCAGCUCCUUACGGAGCGGCGCCACGUUGACGCAGCGGAGCUGCUGUACCGCCUUGCCGACGAGGCGACAGCGAAGGGGUGCGUGCCGUUCCUUCUGGACCUCGAGGCGGCCCUUGUCAGAUGCGUCAUCUCGAACGUUGUCAAGAUACCGGUCACGCCCCUGUACGUUGAAAGCCUCCACGUGCCGCUGAUCCAACUCCUCCUCCGGUUUGGCCGCUCUCGCAGCGCGGCCGCCGUGUACCUGACGAUACAUACGUCAUGGCUGCAGAGCGAGGUGCAGAGGCUGCAGUCACGCGUGAACCCUCAGUACGCCAGCCUCAUCGCCGUGGACUUCCUGGUGAGGACGACGCGGGCGAUAGUGCGGCGGCAGCACACCCUGGGCCUUUCCCUCUCAGCAGCGCAGGCGUUCAUGGAGGACGGGAGCGCCGGCACGGCUGAGGCGGCGGCGGUGAGCAAGACGGACGGAAAGCGACCUGUUGCUGGGGCCACCCGCCCCACCACCAUCACUCGCAGUGGCGCCGUCGCAACGCAGAAACCUGGGCCACCGAGGGGAGCGGCUGCCGCUUCGCCAGGGACCUUGAUCCCGCCGAACUCAGCUGCACUGCUGUGGGUACGCUGCAACGUGGAGCGCUUCGCGUGCGACGUACUGGCGACGCACCUGCUGAGCUUCGGCACUGGCACGGACGGUGGCGACCCAACUCGCAUCCGCCAGGCGGCACAAAUGAUCGCACAAGCUUCGCGUGUAAUGCAGACGCUCAGCACCGACGGAUUCGCCGGCUGCGACACCCUCAUCAUGCGGCAGCUGACCCCAAGCCUAGUCAUCCUGGAGGACGACUUCACGCGGCUGACCGGGGAGUUGGUGGAGCACGGGGGCCGGGCGAUGAUGGAGCAGGUGAUCAUGGGCAGCCUCGCCUUCUACGAGGCGAAUCUGGAGAACACAGCGGCCAUCGAAGCUGCUGUGGCCGCCCCACCGCCUACUGCCACCACGGCCUCAGACGCGACGACGGCGAUCCCAAAGGGAUCAACGGCGACAGAGACCCCGUCGCUGCUGCCGAUGCCGGCACGGCCGGCGCUGCGAAGCAUCCCGCCUCCCUAUCACCCCUCCCGCUGUGAUGACGUGGCCCGCAAGGUGCGUGUGCGUUGCCAAGAGCUGGUGCAGCUGAUUCGCACCCUCCCACUCUCUGGACACUCGCUGCUGAUCCAGCUGUUGCUGGCGCCUGCCUCGUCCUCUCUGUUCAAGAGCGCGGCCUCGGCAGGCGGCGCAGCACAGGGCGCGUCCUCGCCGGCGCCGGCCGACUUUUCUUCCAGCGCGACUGGCGGGGCAGCCGCCUACCCCACGGGUCGUGGCCGUGGCGCGACGGCGCUGCUCGGCAAGGCUGGCGCAUCCUCCACAGUGCCGCCCCCCGCUUCACUCACCACAACCCCGCCGCCGCCGCUGUCGUCUGAGCGCUUUCGGUUUCUGCGCUAUGCAAACGGCUGCUCCAGUACGCACGUGCGCUUGCUGCGAUCCUUGUGCGGUUACGUGGCUGCGCUGACGGGGACGGACCAGCUGCCGGCGGAGGUCAUGGCCUCUGCGGCGGCGCAGGAGCAGGAGGGCAGUAAUUCGACCGCUGCUAUGGCGAUGCGGCUGCAACAGGCGGAGUGCAUUGCGUACCUGCUCACGAGCGCGGUGGUGACGGAGUCGAUCGAUGUUGUGCUCUGCAACUUACUCUCGCGCAUGAUGGUGGUGCUUCUGCGCCAGCGUAAGGCGCUCGUGCGGUUUCUUUCGUCCGAGGCGUUUCUGACGAACCACCGCCGUGUCUUUCCCUCGGCGGCCUCCAAGUCGGCUGUGUCAGACGCGCCUCUCUUCUCCGACCCUGCCACGUCACCGGCGUGGGUGCUGGAUAGCACACUCUGCCUUCUCUCCGACUUACUAGGCCUCGGUGCGUGGGUGUCGUUCUUUACCAGAGGCGGGGCGAUGGCGCACAUGCUGGUGGACGCGCAGUUCGACUUCCGUACGCAGCACCUCGAGCGUGUACAGCGGGAGGUCCCGCGGCUCGUGCAGGAGUGGAUGUGUGCAGUGCUGCUGCUCAACGCCGAUGUGACUCGUGCCAAUGCCGUACUCGCCCUGCCGACGUCAUCGGUGAAGGCUUUGGAGCCAUCUAGGUCGCUCCUGGCACCGCAGCAAAGCGUCCUGUUCGGCUCCCGGCUGCAAGAGCGCGGUGAUGGGUGGUCGACGAGGCUCUGGUCGAAGAGCAACGUCUCGUUUUCUGCAGUCGCAGCGACGACGGCAGCCACAACGGCGAAGAAAGUGAACAAGGCGGAUGCAAACACGUCGGCCGUGCUGUUGUCUAUUCCCGUCACGUCACCUUCUUCGGCCACGUCGCCGUCUGCAACGGCAGCUGACAAGAAGGCCGCCGCCACUCCCCCGUUGUUCGCUGGUGCCGGCGUACGAGAGGAGCGGGUGCUGAGCCUCAUCAUGACGCUCCUUGAUCGCAAGUACUACACUCCCGCCGGCUACACGGUGCACCGCUGCGUCGUCGACUCGGCCAAUGUGUCGUUCGACGGGAGUGCAAGCGCUGGGUUGAAUGGCGUGUGGACUAUUCGCAGUCAGUUGAGCAGCUACCCUGAGUUCCCGAUCGGCGAGAUGCGCGAGCACCGAGGUGACGAGGUGUUCCUGUUUCACUGGUGCGUGCAAGUCUCGCUGCACCUGCUCACCUUCUUCCAGGAGCGUCUUAUCACGCCGAGCUACGUGAUGAACCAGCGCGCCGCAGAGGCGCAGGGCAGCAUGGCGUCCCUCCCUUUGAAGGGCUGCAUCACGCCGCAGGAAAACACUGUACUCGCGGGGUGGUGCGCCGGCGGUGGCAACUACGUGACGGCUGUGGCACUGUUGCAGUUUUUGGUGAUGCGGCUGCUGCGCGACGGCCUCUGCCGUGCCGACACGUGGUCGGCGGUGUACGGCUGCCCUGUGGCAGAGUGGCGCCGCGACGAGGCGGUGCUGCGGCAGCAACUCUUCUUCUUUUCUCUCUUUGCUUACCUCUGGGCGCCGCUGUUUACGGGCGGUCGCGCUCCGCGGGCGCGCGCAGCCGGCGCUGUCCGCACCGCUGUGGCCAGCUCGUCUCCGACCAAGGAGGACGCGCCGGUCAGUUCGUGGUUGGUGGACGGCCUCCCCUCGCUGGCGGUGCUGGAGUGGAUGACCUGCGGUGGGGUACUUACCCCCUCGGCGAACGCGGAUUCCGUCGCUGCAGCGAUCACGUCUACCGCGCUCGCCACCAUACCGGCCAGCCUCACCGCUGUGGAUUUGUUGUUUUCUACCCCAGGCACCCUCCACAUGGCAUCAAGAUAUGGCGAGGGCACUGAGGUGGAUGUUACGGGCGCCACUCAUGCUGCAACUGGAGCUGGUGCCGCGUCAUGGAGGGCUAAGGCGGGCGGCAGCGGUACUGCAGCGGGUCUGGCGUCGGCAGGUGCCUCACCGGCAGCGGCCACCAACGCGGUACUGGCGAGGCGCGAGCUCUUCGGGUCAUGCGCCUCCUACAUUCCAGAUGGCCCGUUACGGGUGCUUCGACACUUUUUCGAGGUGCAGCUGGGCGAAAGCCGCGCCAUUCCUGCCGUCACGUCAGAUGUCAUGCGUGUCCGCGUGGAGCGAGCCAUGGCAGAGAUUAACCUCCUUGACUUUGCCGGCACGUCGCUCGGCAUGGACGACGACGAGAGCGAGGAUGACGCCAGCUCAUUGACGGCGACCCGCUCCUCCUCAGGCGCCGGCUCAGGGGAUCGGAGGUCGCCAGCGCGUAAGGUGACCUUGAAGAACUUGCGCGACUUGAUUGCCGUCUACACAGUGCCGCUUUCUUAG